AUGACCAGAAUUGUAAUAGUAGGAUCAGGAAUUAUAGGAUUAUACACAGCAUUUACUUUACUUGAACACGGAGAAUCACCAAAAGAAAUUUCAGUGAUUGCAGAAUAUUUACCAGGUGAUGAAUCAAUAAAAUAUACAUCACCUUACGCAGGUGGGAAUUUUUCAUGUAUUACUGGUGACGAUGAGGCUACUUUGGAAUUUGAUAAAUAUACAUAUUUAAAUUUAGGUAAGAUUCAAAAAGCUGUGGGUAAAAUUAAUGGAUUAGAUAGAUAUAAAUCUACUGAAUUUUGGGAUGAAAGACCUAGUGUUGCUAAAAUUAAUUCGUUAAAGAGUUAUUUACAAAAUUUUGAAGAACUUAACAAUUUACCACAAGGUUCAGCUUAUGGGAUUUCCUUUUUAUCUUGGAAUUUCAAUUGUCCUAAAUUUUUAUACCACUUUAAAUUGUAUUUGGAGAGAAAAGAUAUUUCAUUCAGUAGAAGCAAACUAAACAACAUCAAAGAAGCUUUUGGUGAUGAUACAAAGGUAGUAUUCAACUGUACAGGAAUUGGAGCUAGAGAAUUGGUUAAUGAUAAAGCAGUUCAUCCAGGUCGUGGACAAGUUGUUGUAAUAAAAGCUCCACAUAUAAUAGAAAAUGUAUUAAGCUGGGGUAAUAGAGAGCCAACAUACAUUAUCAAAAGACCAUUUUCUCAUGAUCAAUUGAUAUUAGGUGGAUUUUUACAAGAACAUGAUUGGAAUCCAGAUUCAUUAAAAAUUUAUACUGAUGAUAUUUUGAAAAGAACAACUACGCUUUUUCCAAAGAUUUUGGAACAAAAUCCACAUGGUAACAAAAUUGAAGAUUUGGAAAUUUUAAGAGUUGCUGUUGGAUUAAGACCUUGUAGAACCGGAGGAGCUAGAAUUGAAAAAGAAGUAGUUGAUGGUGGAAAAAUAUUGAUUCAUAAUUAUGGUGCUUCUGGUUAUGGAUAUCAAGCUGGUUUGGGGAUGGCUGAAAAAAGUGUAAAGCUAAUAAAGAAUCAAAGAGCUUUAGAAAAGACUCAAAGAGAGCUUACACGAGAAGUCACCAAAUUACAACAACAAGAAAAGAAAUUAAUCAGUGAUAUUAAAAAAUCAGCAAAACAAGGACAAAUAUCAAGUGCUAAAAUACAAGCAAAAGAUUUAAUUAGAACAAAAUCAUAUAUCAAUAAAUUCAAUUCAAUGAGGGCCCAACUACAAGCUAUUUCUCUUCGAGUACAAUCAGUAAGGUCGAAUCAACAAAUGGCAAUGUCAAUGAGAGAUGCCACUAGAGUAUUAUCUGGUAUGAAUAAAUCAAUGAAUUUACCACAAUUAUCAAGAAUAGCACAAGAAUUUGCAAAAGAAAAUGAUUUAAUGGAUCAAAAACAAGAAUUCAUGGAUGAUGCAAUAGAUGAUGCAAUGGCAAUGGAUGAUGAUGAAUUAGGAGAAGAAGAACAAAUUGAUGAAAUAUUAGGUAAAGUUUUGGAUGAAAUUGGAGUUGAUUUAAAUACAACACUAAAGGAUACACCAAGUGGAAUUACUGGAGUAGAACAAGAGGAAAGAACACCUCAAGCUAUAGGAGAAGAUGAUUUACAAGCAAGAUUAGAUAGUUUGAAGAAGUAA